GAUAGUUUAUAUUUUUCAACUUCCAAACGAUAAAACGAUAAAAACUAUAUUAGAUCAUUUCUUGCACAAAUUAUGUUUAGCUCAGAGAUAAACGGCCUCAAAGCAGGGAUUAGAUGGCUCAUCUGCCCCGGUUUUUUUCUUGUUUAUAAGCGGCAUCGCGGUCAUGAUCAGUGUGAUAAAUAGCAACGACCCGUUAUCAGUCCUCACGCGAAAUGUCGACCUUAGGAGAAUCACCUGUUGAAUCUGAUUUGCAAGAUGACAAGAAAAAGCGUGAAGUUGAAAAACGACUUCAAAAGAGAAACGAUGAAAGACAAGCGGAGCUUCAAAAACGACAAGAGGAAAAGUCGUUAACUGAUGCUGCACAAGAGAGCACUGUGUGCUUCCUAGAUAAUUUUUCCAAAGAGAAACAGAAUAUCGAAUCACAACUUUCUAACAGCGAACAGAUACCGGAAAAUGGACUUGUGGAACAUUUUGACAAUGUUUCGUCGCAUCUGGCCAAGUUGCAGAAGUAUGUGUCGGAGUCCACAAUGUUUCUAUCCUCGUAUGAAGUUAGCAAAGCCCAGCAGACGAUGAAUAAGCUGCAAGUCGCUAUCCAGGAAAAGCGAGAUGUCAUGAUACCAAAGAAAAGGUUUGCUUUCAAGUCGAAGAAAAUGGAGAAAGCUAAAGCCCCUAAACUGGUUGAGGAUGUAGUUGACCAUGCUGCGAACACUCAGACUAAUCUUGAGGUUGAACUGGCAGAGUGUAAAGUUGUUGGUGAAGUUUCCAAAGUGCUUGAGAAAACUUCGGAAGAACUAAACCAGAAAGAUGUUGCAUUGGCAGACCUGACAGACUGCACAGUCAAACUACUGGGAGCACCAUCAGCUAUACACAUCAAUAAACUCAACAACUGUAGGGUAUUCAGUGGGCCGGUAUCUGGUUCAGUAUUUAUUAGGCAGUGUGUUGGCUGUACGUUUGUUCUACCGUGUCAGCAACUGAGGAUCCAUACUACUCAAGACACCGAUUUCUACAUUCAUGUUACCAGUAAAGCUAUCAUUGAGGACAGCACCAGGACUCGGUUUGCUCCUUAUAACUGGAAGUAUCCUGACCUUGAUGAACAUUAUCAGGUUGCAGGUCUUGACAGGAAGAGAAACAACUGGGCAGACAUUGAUGACUUCAAUUGGCUGGCUGCCAAUGAUCAUUCACCUAAUUGGUCAGUGAUAGCUGAAGCAGACCAAACUCAACACUGGAAUAUUUAGUGCUUCGUUUAUGUAUUGCUGACAAGUGAUAAAAUCCACUUAACAUUUGAUUGUAAAUCAUAUUGACAGUGAUUGAUACCAUUACACACUAGUUACUGUAAUUAACCAACAUCUUUUGUGUUGAUCAAAAUCAGGGUUUAUGCAGACUGUUGCCAUUGAUUGAUUGAUACAAAAAACUUUUCACAUUUAGUAAUGAUAUAGAUGAAUGCCCUAUCAACUAUGUAGUGCCCUAUUACCAUCUGUCUCCCCAAAUCACUGCAGUAGUACCCAUAAUAUUAUACUGAUUAAUAAUCUAUCAAGUUUAUGGAACAUUUCACUUUUAGUGGACAUAUGUGAAAAGGAAGGCUACAGUGAUUCACCAAAUAUUAAUGAGUUGCAUUGUCUAUAUUGUGGAGGUUAUACAGUGAUUUUACCAGUUAUAAAUAAUGUGAUAAUAUAUUAUGCAUUUUACUCCACCAUACAUGAUUUAUCUUGCUAUCCUAAUAUAUUAUGAGCUGGUUGCCUGUUAAAGAAUAUGUUAUCUGUCUGAAUUAUCAAGCUGUUAUAAGUUGAAUGUCUUUGUUUCCUGAAGGUAUGAGUAAAGCUUGAUAAACAGGUUAUGAUGCAACUGAUUUAAUUGAUGUGAAAAUACAGUUUAGUUUCAUGC